AAGGUCAUUAAUUUGUUCCUUCUCUUGCAGGAGAAAAAAAAAUUUCCAAACUGAUCAAUUCUUGGCUCAAAUCAAGGAGCUAGCCAGUACCAUGCAUGUUUUCACAAAUCAAUGUCCAGUAUCAUGAUUCUUUUCUUCUAACGUUUUUGCAACACUUUAAUUAUUAUUAUUAAUUUGUUUUUGUUUUCAGAAACUUAAUUAAUUGUAUUAAUUAUUCUUAAUGCACAUAUAUAAUUUAAUCAUUCGUACGUGAUGAUCGAUUGAAUGUGUGUGUGUGUGUGUAUUCUCAGCAUGCAUGCAAAAUCUUCUUGCAUUGAGUUUAUAAUCAAUUAUUAAUCCACCAUGGAUAUUGUAUGCAAGAAAUCUCAAUCAACCACAAACCUUCGAAAGAUGGUUCACAUUGCCACCAGGCCAAAGAAAAUUCUCCAACUAUGGCUAUGGUACUGGGCUCCUCAAUAUUACAGAGAGAACCCCAAGGAAUCUUUGCUAGUCGGAUCAAAAUUCUCGACAGGCGGCAAACUGGUCGCCAAAGGGGCGAGUGCUCCUGAAAAGGUGCCAAGAGGUUUUCUAGCGGUGUACGUGGGGGCAGAGCAACGGAGGUUUGUGAUUCCAUUGAGCUGUUUGUCAACGCCAGAAUUUGUGGGUUUGAUGGAUAAAGUUGCUGAGGAAUUUGGUUAUGACAGUCAAGGUACUGGGCUACAUAUUCCAUGCGAAGAGGAAGACUUUGAGGAAAUACUGCUAAGAUGCUUGAGAUUACAAAGGGACAAGGCUUCUUCCAAGAGCAGGAUCAAGAGGAGCAACACAUCGUCUUGAAUCAAAGGCCGGUGGAAGUGGCAAGAGCCCAAAGACAAACAUGGAACAGCCAAAUUCACGAUCGCAUGGCCUGAUUAGAUGAGGCAACUUUGGAAAAUCCCUUAUUUACGUAUUGCAACUCUCUAGCUAGCUAGCUAGCUACUUGUUGCUGGCUACCAUAAUUAUCCAAUCACCGCCUCUGUUAUCUAUCGAAGUGUAAACUACUUCUGUUAUUAGAAUAGAUAUAGUAAAUCUCAGCUUCUUAGUA